AAAUUUAGAGAAAUGCGUUUCGCCUCUCGUCUUUUAACAAAUCAAUUAUUUGAAAGAUUUAGAAUUCAAAAUAUUCAAAAGCCAACAACAAUUUAUCUUAAACAUGUAAAAUGGGUAACUGGUCGAAGUCAAUUAGAAAAACAUUUUGAUCGUUAUGGGAAAAUUAAAGAUGUCAGCCUUUUCUUUGAUCCAAAGACUGGAUUACAUCGAGGAUUUGCUUCAAUUACUUUUGCUCAUUCGGAUUCUGUUGAGGGCGCACUUCGCGCUCGUCCUCAUUUUAUUGACGGAGCUGAGGUUUUAGUCGAAGACCGUCUUCCAAUGGAACGUCUGAAACAUGACAAAUUUUCUACACAUGAAAUCCAAAAAGGUUUGCACGAACGACAAGGGCAUCAAAAUCGAAGAUAAAUAGUCAUCGAUCGAUUGAAAUUAAGUAUCUUUUGCCAAAAUUUAAAUGAUUUUUAUUUAAAAAUUCUAUGCUUAUUUCAAUCUCUGGUGAUGUUUAUUAGAUUAAAUAUUAUGUUAAAACUUGCAGGGAAAGUUCAUUUUACAA